GGAGCUAAGGCGCUGGCGGGACGGGAGAUAGAGGAUUGAGGGGUGCACUCGCUCGGAAGACACAGGAUACUCCUUCAGCUGGGCCCACCUUCUUUAAAACCGAGGCUAGACAUCGGGCAUUCGUAAUUGCCUUCGGUUUGAAUCAUUUCCCUUACUCGCAGUACUAGAAGACAUCUUCAAUUCGAAGUCUACGAGUGAUUCGAGGUCGCAAAUCGGCUACUAGCGAGGAAGGUUGUUUUCACUACCUUUGUCUUGAUUGUUCCUCUAUUCCACGAGAUUCUCCUCUCCCACCGAUCCAACCAUCUCCACCGAGCGCUCUACGACCACUUAUCAACAGCUACAGCAUCUGCCGACAUCUGCCAGUCAUAUCUUACCUCUCAGCGAUGCUUCUCGAUGACCUCGCAGAAUACGUACAGAAAGUUCAGGAGAUCUCCAAAACCGAACUUUGUACUAUCCACGUCGGAAUAAGGAAAGCCAGAUACUUCUCAACGUUCCGUCUUCCAGAUGGUGGAAGUGCGGAGCGUAUCGCAACCGCAGAUGAUGGACGUAUCUUCGCUGGAUCCUCACUCUUCAAAGUCUAUAUAGCUGCCGGCGCUUCCUGGAUGAUUGAGAAGCUAUCAGCAGGCUCUGAUCCAUCCAACAGGUUCCGCGGCGUCCGAAAUGCUUGGUCGAGGACGUUCACAGAUGUAUUCAACGAAUAUAGCCAAGAUUUUAAGAUCAAGCCUCUAUACGGCAACCCCACAGUCUUCGAACUUAUCGUCCAUUACAAAGGGCCAUGCAAUAUCAAUCACUGGCUUUUUUCUCCAGACGGAAGCCCCCUCUUAUCGAAGAACGCCUUCCUCAACACGAUCUCUCAAUACACAGAAGACUCUCGCAAGCAACACAAUAAUACGGCUUGGGUCGAGUACUCGAACGCCAAUUUUAUUUUGAUAGCCCUCUUAAUCGAAGUCGUUUCGGGCAAAUCGCUCCCUGAUUUCCUAAGGGAAUACAUUUUCGACCCCCUUGGCAUGCACCAGACGUACAUGAGUGCCGAUGAGUUGAACGCGGUGCCAAUCGGAAAACGAGUACAACCGCAUAUGGUGUCCAGCAAAGGACUUCGCCGAGCCAUCCACGUUAACGAAAUCCUUUACCUGUCCGACACUGUGGAGAAGGCUGCUAUGGGUGGUCAUACAAGCGCUGCAGAUAUUGGGAAAUUCUUUGAAAUGGUGCUGGAGGGGUUACAUGGGACACCUAGCAGUGCCAUGUUUGAUAAAGGAUUUGUCGAGUCUCUCUUCAGAGGCAUAGGCACGCUUGAUGACGAGAAACAUGGCUACACAAGGUUUGGGCUCUAUACGACACUUGACGAGGAUUUGCCGGGUAGUCAUUCUCUCAACCGACUAAUAUCAAGUGACGGUGAUGCCUCAACCUAUAAGUUAGGCAAGGAUUCUCAAAACAAAGACGUGACAGCGUUUUAUAUGGCUGGGUGCGCGACCGGUUGGCUGAGCACAGUAUAUUUACUCCCGAAACAACAAAUCUUUGUUAUUAUCCUGACGAACACCACGAGUCCCAUUGAUAUGUCGGAUAUCGUCUCGAAACUCUGUCUCCAAGAGAUCCUUGACCUUCGACCCUCCAAGAUCGGAGAUCCAAACUUUGCUUGUCGGCCAAAGGGGUGGCAGACGAUGACGCUGCCCCAGAUACAUAGAGCGCACUAUGUGGAGUUAGCGGCUCAGAUGUACGAAGAGAACGCUCGUGUUUAUUCGAAGCUCGAGGAGGAAGACAAGGCACCCGAUACACUAACUGCAGCUUGUCCUAAUAUCCUCGGCAUCUACAAGAACAAGAAGAAUGGACAAAGUCUGGAAAUCAUUGACCUCGAUGGCACCCUGGGAGUCAAACUGAAAGGAGAGACCAAGGUGUCGAAGCCAAUGAGAUUUGUUCGCAAGGGCCAAGUUUUUAGAAUAUGUUCGCGUGUACGUGGCACUACUGAUUUAGCCAUUGAUUGUUUUGGAGACUGGGAGAACUUAACCUUUGGUUUCGAGGAAAUGAAUGGAGUUGUUGUGUGCUUCUUUAGGAAUGGACGGAAUGUUGUAGAUCGUUUUACUCGAAUCGAAGCAGUAGGUUGAGGGUUUGUACUAUCGUUGGGAAUUCGUCUAAGGUAUAGUUCUGAGUACUCAAUUGCCAUAGACUUUACGUCUAAUACUUAUUUCGUCAAUUUUCAUGGCCUUUUGUUUUCUCGCAAUGUUUUAUAAGUUCUUGCUUCUUUGAAACAAUCUUCUUUGUUGGGGAAGGUGCCUUUUUUUUUGGGAGAACACUAGCUACCCUUAUUUGAUUAUCCUCAAUCUGUAAUUAGUUUGUCAUGUUCUUUAUUUUUUCAGGCUGAUUCACGAACAAUUUAC